CGCCCGCGGAAGGAAACUGGUGGCGGACUGGCUAUUUGGCACCUUCCAGAAGAAGAUUCCUCCUCCCCGUCCCCACUCAUCGGCUCCGCUCAUGGCGUCCGCGCCGAGCACCACCGCGUCCACCCUCGCGCCGUCCCUCCGCUCGCCGUUCUCCUCGGUCCCCCGCGGGACCCGCCUCCCGGCCACGCUCCGCCUCUCGCCCGCCCAGCCAGCGUCGGCCGGCUGCCGUGCGGCGCCAGGCCGGCUCACGUGCCCGCGCACGCGCGUUCGGUGCGCCGCGGCCGCGAAGUUCAUUGCGGAGAGCGAGUUCGCGGCGGAGGUGCUGGAGUCAGAGCUGCCCGUCCUCGUUGACUUCGUCGCCGACUGGUGCGGGCCGUGCCGCCUCAUCGCGCCUGUCGUCGAUUGGGCCUCAGAGGAAUAUGAUGGGAGAUUAAAGAUUGUCAAGAUUGAUCAUGACGCAAAUCCCAAGUUGAUUGAAGAGUACAAGGUAUAUGGUCUUCCAACUCUCAUUCUCUUCAAGAAUGGGCAAGAGGUGCCAGGUAGCCGAAGAGAAGGUGCAAUGAUAAAAGACAAGUUCAAGCAAUACCUGGAGCCUCUAUUGGCGACAACUGUUGCUUAAUAUCAGUGCCAGCAGUUUGAGCCCUGAGGAAGUCAAUGGCAUUGGCUUGCACAAAGCAUCGGGAAUGUUGAAGAAUCCAUCCUUACAUGAGCACUGUUUUUCCUAGUUUGUAAUUAACUACACUAUCUUGCUUGACUACAUACGAUUGUCGUUGGCAAAUUGAGUAUAUAUGAUGGCCUGUGAUGAGUAUGUACCAAAACUAAUUUUAAAAGCUUAAUAUCAAGCAAGUUCAUUUUAUGA